CCCCUAAUUACAGGUCUGGACACCGUAUAUAAGGAGCAGCUGAGACGUGUCUGCAGUUACCUGUAACCUCCGCCGCCUCACAGCCAUGGCCGCCUACACAAGCCUCCUCCUGGUCGCUGCUCUCUGCACUGGUGCAGUUUACUCCUUGACCUGUUACACGUGCGCAUCUGAGAGCAGCAACAGCAAAUGCAUGACGGCGACCAACUGCAGCGCCACGGACACCAGCUGCAUGACCUCCGUGGUGUCCGGCGGAAUCGGGAGUCUCUCUGCCGCCACCAUUACUAAGACUUGUACCGCAGUCUGUGCAGAAACCGGAUUUAACGCUGUUGUGGUCUCAACAAAAGUGUCCUGCUGCAACACCGACCUGUGCAACACCAGCGGAACCAGCAGCAUCAAGGCCACCUACACCGUCCUCGCCGCAGCCCUGGCCGCCAUCGGGGUUCUCCUCAGAAGCUCCUCCAUGUGA